CCUCUGGACUCUCCAGAAGCUUCGCAGAGGAACCGUCGACCGCUCUCUGCAGGUGCAAAGUGCUUCAGAGGUUCUGGAGACCGAAGCGUGCAGGAAACACCUCAGGGUCUGAAACAGGACCAGGAUGUCUGCAGGAGGGGAAGCAGCUGAUGUGGUGUACUGCCUGGCCCAGGAGCAGGACUUCCAGCAGGUCCUGAACAUCUGCACGCCUGAUGACUACAACGGGCUCGAUUACAUGGCCGCCUUCUUUCACCGCUGGCUGCAGGAGCCUGGACGCGUCGUCUUCAUCGCCCGGAUCGACGGCAGAGUGGUGGCGCUGGAGUCUGCGCUCCUGGUGGAUGGCGGUCAGACGGCAGUACUUCAGGGGCGCAGGGUGGUGUCCGAUCUGAGGGGCAGCGGCAUCGCCAGCGCCCUCCAGACGCAUGUGACCAACUACGUCCGCCGCUACUACCCAGAAAUCUCUGCUGUGAGGCUGAGCCGAGGAGACAAUCCUUCAGUGAAGACGCUCGCCAAGUACAGGCUCAUCGCAAAGGAGGCCAUCUUGUCUUUGUGCUGUGAGGCGGUCAACCUGGGCUCCUUCAUCACUGAGCUUCGAUCCAAACAUCCGCUCCACGCCGACUCCUCCUGUGGUCCGGUCACGCUGAGCUGGCGGCAGGCUGAGACGCUGGUCCUGUCCGACCACGUGGUUUCCAACCUGCUGCCCAGCAAAACCAUCAUCAACGACUGGGAGCCCUUGAAGCCGGUGGAGGCCAACCUAGAGGUGCUGCAGCGCAGAGGCCUAACGUGGAUCGUAGACCGUGAGUUCGAGCCCGCUGCCCUCAGUCUGGGCACGCCACCGUAUGCCGUACCCUACCGCCACAAUGCCAUGCGCCUCAACAUCAACAUCUUUGGCCGCAGUCUGACAUCGGUGUGCGCCGUGUUUCUGGCACAACUGGAAGCUUUCCUGCCGAGUCUUAAAGGUUACCUGGUCUGCCACACCUACGUGGAUCCUGGGCUGUGGGCGGGCUUACGUCAGUUCUGUCAGAACGAUGCAAACGUGUCAUUUUUUAAGGACUACUGGGAGGAAGUCAUACUGGAGACAGACCUCUGACUGGCCUCGGCGUGACAGCUUGAAUGCUGGCGGAUAUUUUGACCUCUGCCAGGAUUCCUUCAAACACUUCCAAACCUUUUGUCCUGGAUUCCCAGGAUCCCGUGAGGUUCCACAUGCAGGUUUAAUUAAAUGUUAUAAGUUUGUUUAGAAGCACUAGUGUGAGUUUUAACAAUUCAAUAGGAAAUCAUCAUCGUCACUCAGAGGUAACCGCUAGCAGCUGAGAGAACCUCGGUUCUAGGUCAGCUGCUAGAGGUUGUUGUGGAGUUUCAGCACGUUUCAGAUAUUUUCCAUUCUUCCAAACGUUCAUAAGUCACGUGUGACAAUCGGGAAGGUUUCUCUGUUCUUGGAGGAUUGAAUUGGCUUUGUGAGGACUGUCUUCAUCCUUGAAUGGUUAACAGCGGUGCCUCAAAUGGCUCCUCGCACUGACGCGUACCUACGAGAAGAGUUUUCUCUGCUAAACAAAGCUUCGUGUUUAAAUCUAAGACACCGUCUG